AUGGCAACAACAACAACUGAUGGGAAUGAACUUCCCUUCCAUGACAGGUGGCAUGAUGGUGAAAGAAUGAUCCAGGAUAUUAUGGGAGUUAGGGAGAUUAUUGAGCCAAAGAGUACAUUCUUUAGACCAUUCUUGACGGUACAAAUGCAAGAGUUUGUACCAAUGCUUCAUUAUAUGUUCUUGGGUACACUUGAUGAACGUGGUCGUCCAUGGGCCAGCAUGAUCACCGGUACACCAGGCUUCAUGUCCUCUCCCCACGAUCGUUCAUUGAUCAUAAACACCGCCAACAACAAUCCUCGUGAUCCAUUAUUCCACAACUUGGUACAUGGUCAGCGAUUCAAUGGAGACAAGUCGACUUACUGGGGUGGUGUAGCACUUGAUCUAUCAAACAGACGUCGCAACAAGAUGAAUGGAACGAUCGACUUCUCGCAAGACAAUGUACAACUCAAUCAACAAAAUGGCACCAUUCAACUUAAUCUUACGGUCGAACAAUCAAUGGGCAACUGUCCAAAGUACAUCACAAUCAGGCGUGUUAGAGAGGGACCAAUCAGUGGGGCAUCGACUGGGUCCACAGCCCAAGCCUCAUCAUCAUCUUCUUCCUCAUCAUCUCACUUGUAUACCGAGCUUGGGGACCAGGCCAAGCUACCAGACGCGGCAGCGGCGAUGAUAAAGAAUGCAGACACAUUGUUUAUAGCAUCAAGAAAUAUUGAUGAUUCCUUGGCAGCGCAGACCAAUGGAAUGGAUUGUAAUCAUCGAGGAGGUAGUCCUGGAUUCGUAAAGUUGCUCCCACCUGAUGAGACCAGUGACAAGUACGUGGUGCUCAUCCCAGACUACAGCGGCAACAGAUUCUUCAACACACUUGGCAACCUACAUAAUGAUCCACGUGCAGGACUGAUGUUUGUUGACUUUGAGCAUGGCUCUACACUUCAUCUAACAGGUCGCAGCACUGUACUACAAGGCGAGGCUUCACUGGCUGUGUAUCCACGCAUUCAAAGAACCAUUCGCAUGGAGGUUGAUGCAUACUUAUUGUGUGAUCGUGUACUCCCCUUCACAUUCGACACGAUCGAGGCGUCGCCAUACAGCCCAGCCGUGUCCUCCAAGGUAGUUGGUCAAAAGACGUCCAACAUGGCUACGCUUAAAUCGAUCGUCAAGCUCUCGCCUGAUGUCUCAUCAUUCUACUUCCAGACCACAUCGCCCAUCACCUACAAGGCAGGUCAGUAUGCCAUAUUCGACUUUGGUCAAUUCAGUCCAGGAUACAAACACAUGGACUCUUCCAAUCCCAAGAGUGUCAACGACGACUAUGUCAGGACUUGGACCAUAUCCUCAGCGCUCUCAUCAAAAGACUCCACAGACAAUCACUUUGAAAUCACGGUCAAGCAUCAGCCUAAUGGCGCUGUCUCAUCAUUACUUCAUCGUCUUGAGCUCGGCACACAUCAGAUCACAGUGCCCCUGAUGGGCUGUGAGGGCGAGUUCACCCUAGAGAGCACCCUUGAUGGUAUCGACCCUUCAUCAACAGCCAAGUUGGCCAUGUUUGCCGGUGGCAUUGGUAUAACUCCAUUCCUUUCAAUGAUUCGUAGCAUCACUCAAUCAUCGCAAGUCACACCACUGGACAUCCACCUUAUUGUAUCAGGUCGCAAGCUUGUUGAUUGUCUGCCAUUGAUACUCUCACCAUUGUUGGAGUCGUCCAAAUCAUUGAUAACACUCAACAUAACAUGCUUUGUAACAAGUAAUGAUGGUGAUGGUGAUGGUGAUGCUGUCGACAAUGAUAAGAUAACAAUCAAAAGAGGAAGGAUUACAGCAGAUGCACUGCGGGACAUUGUUCCAGAUAUUGCCGACAGACACUCACUACUUUGUGGACCAGAGGCCUUCAUGAAUGGCGUCCAAUCACUACUACUCAACACUUUCAACAUCAAAGCCAGCAACAUACAUAAGGAGGAGUUCAAGUAUUAA